AUGAUUGAAACCCAAGGGAAACGCGAUUCGCCCCGGCAAACCGGCGCCGGGUCCGCCGCCGCCGCCGCCGCCUCCGGCUCCGGCUCCGGCUCCGGCUCCGGCUCCGGCUCCGAUGAUCAUGAUACAGCAGUCUCAAUUCCUCCGGUUCCUCGCUUCAAUUGUCGGCCUUUUUCCAGGUUGAUCUCGUUCCCCAACAAUGAUAUCCUCAGCGAUCUCACGGACGAUCAGCUCAAUGCCCUCAUCUUCCAAUAUUUUCAGGAAAAAGGUUUCGAACAUGCUGCGUUUAAUUUUGGGAUUGAGGCGGAGAUUGAGGAUAUUCCUAUUGAUAGAAGUAUCAUUAACAAGGGUGCUCUUCCUUCAUUUGUACGCAAAGGUUUUCGAUAUACACAACUGAAGGCAAAUGUGCUUGCUAGUGAUGUGAAUUCUUUUGUUGAGUGUUGUCGCCUUGAUCCGCUGGAUAUUAUCACAAAUAAUGUGGACAGCUUAUCAAAAAUCAUAAAAGAUAGGAAGGAAAAUGCUAAGAAGAAGGAUGAUGAUGGUGGAAAAGAUAUUUACUGUGGUGUAUCAGACCAAGAGAAAGAAAGUGAAAAACAGAAAUUAGGGAAGCAAAAAGAACAUGUUCAGGAUAUGAGAACGCAACAGGUUUCCAUGCAUUCGGAAGACCAAUGUAAAGUUGAUGUUCAUGGAGGACCUCCAUUAAUAGCUCAUACCCCUAGCUUGCCAUCAAUGACUCAUCAAGUGUCUGACUCAAAUGUAUAUGUUUUUGAAGGACAUGGUUUACAGGUUGCUUCCUGUGCUUGGAGUCCAACAGAUUCUCUUCUGGCAAUUGGGUAUUUUAGUUCAGCUGCACGAAUAUGGAAAAUUUCGGAUGACAUCUCUAGUAUGCAUAGUUCACUUCUAAGUGUGUAUGUUCUAAAUGAUUAUAAUGCUAAAACCGAUGGGCAAAAUGGGUCGAUCACCAAUCUUGCUUGGAAUGGAGAAGGGGAGCUACUUGCAACAGGAUCCUUUGAGGGGCAGAUAAGUAUUUGGAGCAAGAACGGUGAACUAAAGAAAACACUUAAACAUAAGGAUUCCAUCUUCUUUUUGGAAUGGAACAGGAAAGGUGAUUUUCUCCUUGCUGUUAGUUCUGACUACAAAGUUAUUGUCUGGGACACUAAUAAAUGGGAGUCUAAGCAAGAAUUGGCAUUUAAUUCAGAACAAUUGCUUGGUGUUGCAUGGAGAAAUGAUACUUCAUUUGCAUUAUUGUCAGAGAACCAGAGAAUUUAUGUUUUCAAUGUCGGAGAGCGUCUGCCAAUCAAAACUUUUUUUGGACAUCAGAAAGUAAUUGGUGGUUUCAAAUGGGAUCCUACUGGUACUUUUUUGGCUUCAUACUCUAUUGAUGGUGCUAUAAAGAUUUGGACCUUCAAUCAGAGGCGAAGUCUACACAAUCUGAUGCACAGUCCGAGUGUAUGCAGUAUUAAAUGGAGCCCUACUGGCCCAGGCACCGACAACCCCGAUAAGCAGUUAUUGUUAGCAAGUGCUUCCACUGAUGGAACUGUCAAAAUAUGGGAUUGCAAUCAAUGGCAUAUCCUCUAUACCUUUGAUGGCCACAGGGAACCUGUAACUGUAAUAGAGUUUAGCCCGGAUGGUGAGUUAAUGGCGAGCGGAGCAGAUGAUCAGACUUUAUUUGUAUGGAGAGUUAAAAAUGGGACAAUUUUGAGGUUGUGCAGUUGUUAUGAAUCUAUGGUUUAUAUUGUUUCUUGGAAUAGAGAAGGCAACAAAUUAGCAGGGGUUUUUGAAAAUGACACUGUGUGUGUGAUUGGUUUAUCUUUAGAUGAUUCUUCCGCUCAUUGAGAAGCCAUUCAGCUUCUGUAUAUUUUCCAUACCAUCAUUGAGAAGCCAUUUAGUGUUUAAAGAAUUCUACUGUUCCAUAUAUAUAUUAGCAGCUUAUUAUUA